GUCUGCCUUUAAUUUGAACUGUGAGGUAACUGCUCCCGGGUAAAGGUGGGAGCUGUACCAAAAGUAUGCUGGGAAUGUAUGGCCGUUGCCAGGGCAACAGAUGUGCAGGUGACAUCACUGCUGGAGGUGAGAGGGGUUCCUGAUACAACCAGAUACCAUAUAAAAUAGCACAUAAAAGGCAUCUUUAGAAUUGACUAACACGGGGAAAGCAGCAGCACCAGAUCCAAGAUGGCGGCCAGCAGGAGGCUGAUGAAGGAGCUUGAAGAGAUCCACAAAUGUGGAAUGAAAAACUUCCGUAACAUCCAGGUUGAUGAAGCUAAUUUAUUGACUUGGCAAGGGCUUAUUGUUCCUGACAACCCUCCAUAUGAUAAGGGAGCCUUCAGAAUUGAGAUCAACUUCUCAGCAGAGUAUCCCUUCAAGCCACCCAAGAUCACAUUUAAAACAAAGAUCUACCACCCUAACAUCGACGAGAAGGGUCAGGUCUGCCUGCUCGUAAUUAAUACGGAAAACUGGAAGCCAGCCACCAAGACUGACCAAGCAAUCCAGUCCCUCAUAGCACUGGUGAACGACCCUCAGCCUGAGCACCCACUCCGGGCUGAGCUAGCUGAAGAAUACUCUAAGGACCGUAAAAAAUUCUGUAAGAAUGCUGAAGAAAUUACAAAGAAAUAUGAGGAAAAGCGACCUGUGGACUAAAAUCUGCCACGAGUGAUCCCAGCAAGUUUGAGCAGAGACCCUGAGCAGUGCAUUCAGACACCCCGCAAAGCAGGACUCUGUGGAAAUUGACACGUGCCACCAACUGGCGUCCGCUUGUGGCAGUUACUAACUUUCUACAGUUUUCUUUUUCUUAAUCAAAAGUGGUCUAGGUAACCUGUAAAGAAGGAUUAAAAAAUUCAGAUG